GAAACUGAAUUCACUUCCGCUGCUGCCAGGUGCCGCAAAGACAGAGGGAUAUCAACCGGUAGACAAUACUCUAUUUAUAGAACAAAUAUAAUUUAAGAGAUCGUGGGAAGAAUUUUAAAUACACUUUUCGAGAAUAACACCAUCUAAAAUCUCCAGUUUUGUGGUCCGUAAAGGUACUGAGAAGGCUAGUUUAUCUAACGUUAGAUAGGUGAGUUAGCUGGCUAGCUAACUGCUCUCAACGAAAGAGAUGGGGACAAGAGCAAGUCGUUUACAAGAGGACCCAGUGCCUUCGGCUUUCGGGAAAGAUGGCAUCACGCGGAAUUCCUAUCGACGACCCCGGUGCAAUAGGCCCACCAGUCUUAUGGUAGACUUUUUGGGGAGUUUUGACGAUUCAGAGACCAACCGUAGCCGAUCGGAGGAGGGCAGUGAUUCGGACAUGGGGCAACAGGCGAGCACCGGUGGAAGCCCCGUCGACCACAAGAGCCACCCGUCCAUCAGCCCAUCAUCACCAGCAGAAGACAACAGCGAAUGCAAACGCGAGGAAGACUACAAUAGCAGUCCUGAGGGUGCUGUAAACAGGGAACAUCUGCCUGGAGAGGAGACAGGCCAAGUGCCUCACCGCACUUUCUCUGAACGUUUACCCGGUAAUCGACACUAUUCUGGGCGCAACGUCAGCGCAAAAUCCGCUUGGAUGAGAGGCAUCCAUCAGCGCCCAGUGUCGGAGGCUUGGAUUGGCCUCUACCGUGUCAACAACCGACAUGGCAAUGUCCGCUGUCCGUUCUGCUCCAAGCCUUUCCCGGGUGGCAGAAUUGAGGAUCACCUGUUGAGCUGCCUCACAUCUCCCCCUCUCCCUUACAACACGGACGUGCUGAGUAAGGACAGCGGUGAGUGUUCCAUCUGUCUGGACGACCUGCAGCAGGGAGAGACCAUCGCCCGGCUGGCCUGCCUUUGUGUCUACCACAAGAGCUGUAUUGACUCCUGGGUGAAGGUGAAGACCUGCUGUCCUGAACACCCUUUUGAUUGACUCAUGGGUCACAUGUCCUGCUCAGUGACACACCUGACUCAGGAGACUGCAAUGUAUCUACAAUUGCAGAAAGUAUACUACGACAAUGAUAAAUACCAGAGGCAAGCCUCCAAAUAACAACACAACCCCACAAGGAUGCGACCAACGACCACUUUACCAUCUUGGACCUGGUUUAGUCCAUUUGAACUCAACGCAGACCACUAUAAUCACCCCUGGAAUAGAUGGCACUUCUCCUCUGUCAAUGUAGCCAAAACUAUAGCCUAAACUGCUGGAGGGGGAUAUAUUAUCAUACCAGGUUGGCAGUACCCUGAAAGACCUUUGGAACUCAAGGAGAGGAAAUGUGUUUCUGUGCUCCCUGCAUUCUUCUUACCCUAAUGUGGACUAUCCAUAUGGAAAGGUAAUGUUAUCUUUCCUGAUGCUGCAAAACAAUAUUGUGCAGAGAUUCACGUUACAGUGGAUAAAUGUUUCUGUUCAUAAAAAAACAGCCCAGAUCCAGAAAAAAAUGUAUGUAUUGAUUAUGCGUAAAUAUUGCAAUGCAUUGUUUUAAUAGCCAGAUGUUGGAACGCAGGGCUUUAUUUUGUGGGUGGGGUUGUUUUAGUGAUUAUAGGUGUUUUUCUAUUGUCACCAUGACACAUUUCAGGAGAAGGAUGGUGGGUGUGAGUUGAUUGUUAAAGGCUGAGCAGGUCAGUUUGUUUGGUUGGUGCUGACACCACUGUAUUAGGUCCUUUACUGCAGCGGUAGCAGGUUGUUGAUAUUUCCAUACGGUUGUUUGUGCGAUUGCGGUGUGGACGAAUGGGGCCAGCUAAUGUUGGGAUGACACCGCCUGACUGGACCGCAGAAGUGAACUGCAGUCCUCUCACUGGCUGUAUACAUGAGAGGUGUGUGUGCUUAGUGCCCUGGGUGAAAGCGAUAGUUUUAAUCAUAGUGAUACUUUGUUUUUAAUCACACAGAUACUUUUAGGAACAUUGCUACUUUGACAUGGCCCUCCUCUGUGAAACCCACCUCGCCUGUUGUGCUGAAGGCAUGUGGUGGUGUUUGUGCGUCUUCAUGUCCCCCUGCCUCUCUC